AUGAGAUUCCUUACCCUCAUCGCUACUCUUUUGGCUCUUCUCGCCACUGCCAACGCUUAUUAUACCUAUUACUAUUACCCGAACAACAACGGUUACUACAACAACAACGGAUACACGACCUACUACUACUACCCGAACAAUAACAACAACGGUCAAACUUAUUAUUAUUACCCAAACAACAAUAAUGGAUGCUCCGGAUGCAACAGCAACGGAUACACUACUUAUUAUUAUACCUGGGGAAAGAAAUAA